UCCCGCUCGCCAGUUCGUGUCUGACAGCAGUGCGAGUGGAUCCACGAUGAUCGGCGGCUCCGCUCUCUUGCCUCUGCCGUUCCUCCUGCUGGUGCUGGGGGCAGCGGCGGGCACCGAGGCCUACUUCGCCGACUGGGGCAUGAUCGGGGGCCGCCCCCAGGAGCCCACGUGCGUCGACAUCCCCGAGUCCAUGCCCCUGUGCUCGGGCAUCGGCUACAACAAGAUGCGGCUGCCCAACCUGCUGGAGCACGACACCCUGAAGGAGGCCCAGCAGCAGGCGGGCUACUGGGUGCCCCUGCUCAACCUGCGGUGCCACGCCGACACGCAGCUGUUCCUGUGCUCGCUGUUCACGCCCGUGUGCCUGGAGAGCCCCAUCUACCCGUGCAGGAGCCUGUGCGAGGCCGUGAGGAACGGCUGCGAGAGCCGCAUGCAGACCUACAGCUUCCCGUGGCCGGACAUGCUGCGCUGCGACAAGUUCCCUCUGGACAACGAUAUGUGCAUCACCGUGCAGCACACCAAGUCGCAGAGGCCAGAUGGAGAUUGUGAGGGCUGUCAGCCUGUGGAGACCUAUGAGAAUAUCUUGGAUAAUUUCUGCAGGGCGGACGUAGCCCCUCCGCAUGGCCCUGAAGAAGUUCCGCGGCCUCGACUGCUCGGACCCGCAGUUCAUCAACGGCGGCCUCGACAUCCCGACGCUGAGCCAGGAGCCGCCCCAGCGGAGCCCGCGCCCCAAGAGGCCCAAGAAGGGCCGCAGGAAGCCCAAGGGCCGUCGAGGGCGCAAGAGGGGGCGCGUGCCCCGCCCGCCGCCCUCCUCUGCCCCCGAGGGCGCGGACGGCGCCAUGGGGCCGGCCCUCCCCUCGCCCGCCUCCUACCCCACCCUCGCCAUGGCCACGCCCCCUCCGCCGUCCCCCCCGCCGUCGCCCGUGCUGGAGAGCGACCAGAGCCUGCGCUUCCUGCAGGAGAACGAGCUGGAGGGCCACACGCCGCCCUCCAUCGACCCCCCGACGCAGAACAACGACGCGGAGGAGCAGGACGACGCCGACGGAGAGGAGGCCGGAGACGCCGAGGGCCCCGGAGGCAAGCGCCGCGGCAGGAAGCGCGGCCGGCGGCAGCGGAACAAGGCGACGAGGAGAGACAGACGCAAGAAGGACCGGAGCGGCGAGGAGGCGGAGGCGACCGCGGAGCCCUGAGGGGGAGCCCUGAGGGGGAGCCCUGGGGGGAGCGGGCGGCGGACGAAGGAGGGGGCAGAAGCGGAAACAAAGAGAGGGAGAAAAAUAGAGAUUCAGACAGAGAGGGAGGGAAAAAAUCGACCCGACGGCCAGUAAACCCAGUGACAACCUUUGAUUAUGAA